ACCAUGUGUCGUAAAUACUGCCUCUAAACGCAACCAAAUUGACCCAAAAGAAUAAAAGUAGAAAAAUAUAAAAAGUUGCAGAAUCCCCGUUUCGUCAUUUUGUUUAACGCAUUUGGCGGAGAAGACAAUCCAAAAAGCCAAGUUUCAUUUUUAUUAUUUUUGGCGGGAAGUGUGGAAGUAGUAAUCCGCCCGCCAGCGUUGUCGUAGGAAAUAAUGGUGGCGCAAGGAGGCGACUCUUCUCCUUCCUGGGCUGAGUCGACUAGCUUUCGUCAAAUCGACGACGUUUUCUUGCAGACUCAAACAAGAAUAUGGCUGGGAGAAGUCCUUCAAACAAGAUUAAGUGAGCGGAUCAGCAUUACGGAUUUACUUGCUGAUGGGGAAUUGCUGUUUGAAGUGUCAAGAGAGUUAUGGAAAAUGAUGUUGGAAAAGCAUAUGGAGCUAAAAUACAAAUAUGAAUACGAGCCAUUUGCUUCUAGAAAUAGUGGGAGGUAUAUGCCUUACUCAAAUGUUGAUUCAUUUUUGAAGAUUUGCAAAAUCCUGGGAUUGGCCGGCAUUGAUAUCUUUUCCCCAUCUGAUGUUGUUGAGAAAAGAGAUACUAGAAAAGUUUGUAUGUGCAUACGUGCCCUUUCAAAGAAAGCAAGGUUGAGGCAUUUAAAUGUUCCAGAUUUUGAUAUAGUUACAUGUACAGCAGCUAUGCCUACAGAUAUGGUUGGAUAUAUUCGAAGAAGCUGGGAGAUCACUUAUUGUGACUACUCCAAUUCUUCUAGCCUCAGUAGAAACCAUGAAUUACUAGAAAGAUCUCGGCAGAAACAUUUGAAUUCUAUUGCUGGAAGAAGCUACAAUUAUUAUGAAGAGUCUCAUAGUGCAGAAAGAAACUUUUCACCACAAUCAGAUAGCUCAGCUGCCAUUUGUUCGUAUAGUCCAACUUCCCAGAUAAGCUCUGUAUCAAUCAAUUCUCCAGGAGUAUCCUCAAUAGUCGAAAGUAAUUAUUUUGAUCAAUAUUCAGAACAGUUAGAUGUUCAAAACCAAAUACGAGAUGAAUGCGUCCAGUAUCGACAGGACGCAGUAUGUUUAAAUGAAUUAACAGUCUCUUGUCUCUCACAUCAUUUGGAGUAUGAUCAAGAGCAGGAUAAUAUGCCAUCUCAAUCUUCUCUGGAUUCAAAUGUUACCUUAGGUAGUCUGGAUUUUAGUGCUGAAAGUCGAGCUAGAAAUAGCCAUAGAAAUACUUUAGAGGACCAAAUAUAUGUUGAUCCUAGUAUGGAAGAUCCCUCAGUUGUGGGGGAUUCUGCGGAAUGCAGCAGACCAGAAAGUAAUACCACUGAUGAUUGCCCAUCAAUAUCAGCUAUUAUUACCCAUGAAACUUGUCCUGGUGAUUUUGGAAUGCUUGAUGGGAAAGACGGUCUUUUUGAUGCAUGUGUAGGUGUUGGCUCCUUUAGCUUGGAAGAAUCUAGAACUCCUGAAAGUAAACUUAGAAGCCAAUGCGUUGAUGGUGAUGAUGUUGAGGUGUUUUCUAUUGCCAGUGUGACUUCCAACUUAAUUCCAGAGCAGAACUUGGACUUUUUUAAUCACUUGGAUGCAGAAAAAGCAUUUAAAAAUGUCUGGGUUCCUGAUUCAGCACAAAGCAGCCCAAGUGCUUUGGACGAGAAAUGCAAGGAAGGGUCCAAACCUCAAGAUGUUAUCAAAUAUGGAAAGCCAGGUCAGAGAUUAACAACGAACAAGAAGGAAGAAGCUCUUCAUGACAUGAAAGGCAUGGAUAUUGGCUUCUCUAGUCCACAAUAUUUAAAUAACUGCAAUGCUAGAUAUUUGGAUCCUGCGAUCUCAUAUGAUAACAGCAUGGACAUGCCUCAAACAAUUCCGAAUGUUGUAGAUGAGGGAGAAAAGCUGUUUGCUGGUCAAUCCUGCUUUGGAAUUGGGUCUCCCCAGUGGGAUCAGAAAGGAAAAUGCCAAAUUGCUGUAAUUCCAAACACAAAUAGUGGUCAUGGAGCUUCAUGUGUAUCUCUCUCACCACUAGAUUUGAACAAGGAAAAUCUUCAACUUUUUCAAAAAGUUAGAGGAGGUGCCUUGUGUCUGGAGAACAUGGAGUCUUUUGUUGCUGAUAAUGAUACAAAGGUGAGUAGCCCCAAUAUGGUCAAAUUAGACUGUGAUAAUGGCAAGCAGCCAAAUCAAUGGUUUUCAUCUUCAUGCUAUGAUGACAUUAUAAGCAGAAGACAUGAGGACUUAAAUGCUUCAAGCAAUGUUGUAGUGGAAAGUGAAAAUGUCAACAAGGAUGAAGCGAGAAAUGAAAACUUGCAGCUGUCAACAGAUGAAAAUUCAGAUGGAGUUGACAAUCCUAUUGUAGGAAUCGCAGAGUGCAAGCCUCAGAAAAUGCCAUUUCUUAAAUCUGUUGUAAAGGGAACUGCAGUUCUUGGUGCUAUGUUUCUUUUGCUUCACUUCAGGAAAAGUGGCAGAGAGAAAUCAAAGGAGUCAAGUGAGCAAUCUAAUAGAAAAAGGAAUGUGAAUGGUGGGGAUUUCUUAUCAGUGAAGGGGCAAAGGAAUCAUACAGCCGAUGGUGUAUAUCCAGCAGAAAAGCUAAAGCUUGGACAUUAAUAAGAUGGAAUACAAGUUAAUCAGGGAUAAAUAUUUGAACUAUCAAGCGUGGGCAUAGAAGCAUAUAUGAAAGCAAGGGAGGAGAACUCAGAUUGGAAUGUGUACAAUGGCGGAAGGAAUUUAUAGGUAACUAGUGGAUGAAGAAUGCAUGAUAUAUAAAAUAGAAAAGACGACCAAUUCUGAUGUAGACAAAAAGAAGGAAAGACUUUAUGGAGGUACAAGAAGAAAACAGCGAGUGCAUAUGUUUAUACAGAAGCACAUCUGAGCUGUUCCUUUAUGGAUGGUCAAUUUGUCCCCAAAGAGUCAAAUACAUUCAAUUUGAAUUUUUUCAGGAGUAUUGAAUUUUUUCAGCAAAUACUCCUAAGAACUUAUAUCCCCGAUCAAGUACAUUCAAUUUAAAUUUUUUCAGCAAAUAAUUAUUUGAACUUGUAUCUAAGGAUCAAA